AUGUUUGCAUCCACGGUAUCCAAUAGACCAGUUGCAAUAUCCCAACCAAUAUCUCCACAAAAACAGUUGAUCGAAUUUAAGGGUGUUCCCUUCAAACAACUGUAUCAUCUCUCGAUUUUUAUGUUGCCCAAUGUUCAAUUCAAUCCCGAGUACACUGCGCUCAUAUAUUAUCAGGUAAUUCCUGAAGGUGGUGUACAGAAUGAAAUUACCAAUGAUAGUGGUAGUGUUGGGUCCCAAGUGAUGAACAAUGACUUUAAAUUACUUGGGUUUCUUAAUGCAACCAAACAAAGUGCAAUUUUUAAGAUAAAUCCAGGAAAUAUAGAGAUAGCCUCUGUUUACAAUAUACAAGAUGAGGGCGAUAUCGAUAUGGAUUCAGGAAUAUCGGAGUUAGAAGAACGUGAGACUGUUACGAUAGUAAUUGGAAUCAGCAUAGAACCAAAUCAAACAGCCGCACAACAGUUGGAUUGUUUGAAAGUCACAAGAGAGGCUACAAAUAACAACAAUGGAACCCCAUUACUAAAGGCACCAGCUUCUUCGAUGAUGCCUUUGCAGCAAUCUGAAAUCUUAACGAUCAGCAAUAAGAUCAUUGGAAAUGCUUAUAAUUACUUGUCCUCAUUUACAGAUGCUAGAAACUAUGUUAAUAUUAGUAAGUUCAACGAUUGGUGGGAUAAGUUCAAGACUAAAAUGACGAAUGAUCCAAACUAUCUGCAGAACUUAGAAUAA